AUGGCAUCCCCGGCCGCAGAUCCACGCGCGGAUGACACUCGGGGCCACGACCACGCUGGUCACUCUGCAGCUAAUGAGUCCACCCCUCUGCUAGCUAGACAGGAUGAGGAGUCGAGAUCCUCGCGACCUGCCCUCUGGGAAAAAAUAAAAGCCUGGAGGCGCGACCGGGCAGUUCUCGCCAGCCUGUUGCUUCUUGUUGCUGUUGCUUUAAUCGUCACCAUAGUUGUCCUUGCUGUCAACCCACGCGGAGACAACAUGAAUUCCUCAGGCGCCUUGUGCCUGACGCCCGCGUGCGUUCACGCCGCCUCCGAGUUUCUAUACAACCUCUCGCCAAAGUAUCAACAGCUCGAUGCCUGCACCAACUUUGACGAGAUGGUCUGUGGCGGGUGGCGGCAGGUUCACAGCUUGAGGAGCGACCAGGGUUUGGCCAAUGCCCUCUCCUUGAUGAGUGACAAUGGCCAGAACCUGUUGCGCACCAUUCUCGAGAGCCCCUACCCCGAUCAAUCGACACACUCCAACUUCUCCCCCCGGAACCUCGCCGUCGACCCCGCAGAUAUUGAUCGCGAGAACUUUAAUCAGCUGCAGCGAGCCUACAACUCAUGCAUGGCUGUCAACGAGAUCAAGAAGGCCGGCAUAGAGCCCAUCCAGGUGGUGCUUUCUGAGGUCUCAUCCACAAUCAAGGAUACAAAGGACCUGUCUGAUACUAUACUCUACAUGGAGAGGCUUGGAAUCCCUCACUUUGAGAACCUGGGCGCUUCCGCCGACGACAAGGAUCCCAAUGUCAUUGUGAUUUCUGCCUCCCCACGUACUGCUCCUGGUCUUUCCUCAAAAGCCUACUAUUCCGACGAUAGUGUUGUAUCUGCCUACCAAGAUGCUAUGCAGCAGGUCCUGAAGGCUGUUCUUCCCAAUGCUACAACGGAAGCUAAAGGUCUCGCGGAAUCCAUCGUGAAGUUGGAGAAGGACAUUGCUGCUAUCACACCGAGUUUGUCUGACCUUCGGGAUGUCACCAAGACGUACAAUGUGAUGUCACUUCAAGACACUGCCAAACUUGCUCCGCAACUUGGCAUCGACAAGGUCCUGAAGGCUUUGGCCCCGUCCAACUACACGAUUGACCGCAUGAUUACCGCCUUUCCUGGAUUUUUGGGCAAUGUCUCCCAAAUCUUGAACUCCGCCAAGGCCGAAACAGUCAAGGGGUUCCUGCAAUGGAAGGUUAUUCAGUCCCUGGCGACCGCUGUCGAUGCUCCGGAGCUCAAGCCCUUGACCCAAUUCAACAAUAAGCUAGGUGGCAGAGACCCCGACGCGACCCCUGAACGGUACAGGACGUGCAUCUCCGCCGUCGACGAUGGGCUCGGCUGGACCUUGUCACGCUUCUAUGUUGAAGCUGCGUUCUCCGCGAAAGCCAAAGAUCUCGGAAAUCAGGUCAUCCUUGACAUCAAGGAUGUCUUCAGUGGCAGGAUCGAUGCUGCCGACUGGAUGGACAAGGACGCUCAGAAGGUCGCAAAGGAGAAGGUCAAGAAUAUUGUGCAAAAGAUUGGCUAUCCGGAACAGUCUCCCAACAUCACGAACCCGCAGGCACUCAAGGACUACUACGCUUCUCUGAGCAUUGGCACCAGCCACUUCAACAACACGCUGGAGUUCCGACGCUUCGGGGUCAACAAGAGCUGGGCCGAGCUCGGUAAACCUACCGACAAGAGCACGUGGGGAAUGACUGCAUCCACGGUCAAUGCCUACUACAAUCCUCCGUACAAUGAGAUUGUGUUCCCGGCUGGUAUCAUGCAAUUCCCUCUCUUUGGGGAAGGUCUUCCCAACUACAUCAACUACGCCGGCUUUGGCGCCGUCGCUGGUCACGAGCUAAGCCAUGCGUUUGACAACAACGGCCGGCUCUAUGAUCUCAACGGUUACUUGAAGGAUUGGUGGUCCAACAAGACGAUAGAAGAGUUCACGAAGCGAGCAGAUUGUUUUGUCAAGGAGUACAGCAACUUUACAGUUCAAGGCACCAACGGCACCAUCCACGUCAACGGCGAGCAGACGCUGGGUGAGAAUAUUGCCGAUGCCGGAGGUCUAUCGGCAGCAUUCUCGGCGUGGCAAGCUCGCACCAAGGACAAGCCCGAUCCACACCUUCCCGGACUCGAGUUUUUCACCAAGGAGCAACUUUUCUAUGUUGCCUUUGGUAAUGUUUGGUGCUCCAAAUACACUCCAGAGGCGCUCACCCAACGCGUGAUUGGUGAUGAACAUUCGCCAAACAUGUGGCGGAUUAUGGGCACCGCCAUGAUGAACUCUCGCGGUUUCAAACAGGCUUACAACUGUCCCGUCAAGGAGCCUACAUGCGAGAUUUGGCAGUGUGAGCCUGAGGUCGAAUCUAUCAUUUAA